AUGAACCACGCACUAAGACGCGCGACGCUGCGCCUUUCUCCAGCUCUGCGCACGCGACUGCCAACCCAAACAUUCUCUCCAGCCUUUUGCAGAUGCGAAACACUCCAGAAACCCUUCACACGAACAUUCACAACAUCAAAAUACACCCAGCAGGAGCAAGCCGCUAGAGAUGAAGACUUGAGCGACAGAGCACAAAAGAGACAAGUGCGCAAAGUUACCUCUGGCACGAGCGCUCAAACGCUGGAAAACGACCGGCCAUGGCAUCGAAUGGACAGUCAAGCCGAGACGGGGGCUGGUGAAGAAGAUCUUCCCAAGAAGGAGGAUAUGACCAAGGGCCGGCUCCUAACGACACCGACUCGGCUCCUUAAACUGAUCCUACCGAUGCCCUUCCACCCCGAGCAAGAACAUGUCAAUAGACCAGUGGGUGGUGAAGAUGUAAAGGACGCGGACGAUACGGUUGAGCCAUUAGCGCUGCUUGUUCACCCUCAACAACCCUUGUCCUACCUGGAGCGACUCAUUCAGGCCGAGAUUCCCCCAGUACAGUACAAGGGCCGCGAGAAACUUCCCGACAUCGUCUUCCGUGCCGAAGCGGAUCAAGAAGAGCAACACGGAAAAAAGGAUGACAACAAGAAUGGGGCCAAUGUUGCCUCUUACUCUGGUCUUGGCCAUGAAGGUCCUUCUCGCAAGGAGGCCAACUGGGUGCGCUGGAGCGGCAGCACCGAGGUCGGCGACUUUAUUCGAGACGCAGCCAGAGGACGUGAGUUUGCCAUUGACAUUGAGGGCUACAGCAACGAGCUUCGAGUUGCCGUUCCCAGCUUCAGAGACCGCACAUACUACAUGCGCAUGCGAUUAAGGCGCAUGUCUCGCGACAUUGAUACCAUGGCCAAGGUCAAGAAUGAAUGCGAUGCGCUCGCCCAUCAAGGAGCCCACAGGCUCGCGCAGGGAGGAUUUGCGGCUCUGGCUGGAUGGUGGGGGGUCGUGUACUAUGUUACAUUCCACACGCAAUGGGGAUGGGAUUUGGUGGAGCCCGUGACAUAUCUCGCGGGACUGUCGACCAUCAUGGGCGGUUACUUAUGGUUCCUCUACAUCAGCAAGGAUCUCAGCUACAAGGCCGCUAUGAGGGUGACAGUGUCGAAGCGUCAGACGGCUCUGUACCAGGAGCGUGGCUUCAACCAGCAAAGGUGGGAACAGGUGGUGCACGAGGCCAACACUCUGCGGAAUGAGAUCAAGGUGGUGGCGAGCGAAUACGACGUUGAUUGGGACGAGAACAAGGACCUUGGUGGUGAGGAAGUGAAGAAGGUGCUUGAGGAGGAGGAGAAGGCGACGAGGAAGCGCCAAAAGAGGUCAAGAAGAAGCAGUAAGAGGGUGUUGAGCGCUUAG